AUGAUAGCGACUUGGACACCUCAUGUGUCCCUCGGUGGAGACAUCGUCGUGCACCCAUUCAACAGUACAGUGUCUUCCAAUGGAGAAUUAAGGAAAGGUACUGCUACGGCGGUGCAAAUUCACAAUACGGUGGAACCAGAUAUCAACUUUGACAAGGAAUCUUUACAAUAUGAGGCAAAUUCGUCCGAAUCAAUGGUCGCCAAGUUGCCGGAGAUGCCUGGCCUUCCCUUCCCUUUGAUGCAAAGAGCCAUUCUCACACCGGAGAUGGGUGAGAACUUGAACUUAGUUUUAGAGAAUAUUGCUGUACGAGAGCCAGAUCAUGGAGAGGCUGUCAUCCAAAUUCUCUAUACAGGUAUCUGUCGCAGUGACGCAUCCUUCUCGGUUGGACCAGGAUCUGGCUAUCCUAAACAAAACCACAUUGCUGGCCACGAAGGUAUCGGCCGUGUUGUCAAGUCGCACGACCCUUUCAUCAUCGGCCGCACUGUUGGAAUCCGCUAUUUAGGAAAGUCCUGCGGCUUCUGCAUAUAUUGCAUCCGUGGCCUGUUUACAUCAUGUCCAUCACAGCUCAAUGUUCCCAAGCAUAUUACUGGCACAUUUCAAGAAUAUGCAACGGUCCCAAUUAGCUGCCUUGUGCCGUUGCCUGAUGCACUCCUUCAGGGAGAUGUUGAUCUAGCUUUCUGCACAGCGGCGCUAUGCUCUGGAUCAACGGCAUUGGUAUCUGUGCGAGCAGCAAAAGCCAGUCUGGGAGAUGUGGUUAUAGUCGUCGGAGUGGCUGGAGCUAUUGGCCACCUGACUGGGGCGAUUGCAAAGGAAGUUUUCGGAGCACGAGUGAUCGGCAUCGAUCUAAAGUCUAAGAUCGACGAGAUUCAAUCUCAGGAUUAUGGUGACUACAUCGAUAUCCUCCUUGGUGCACCCGAAACCGAUAUGGGGGACGCCUGGUUGAGCUUUCAUUCUAUGUUGAUGCAGAGUUGCGAGAAACUACGCCGCAACCACGGCGUGCGGCGUGCGGCUGAAGCAGUCAUAGUUGCUAGUAGCUCUUUUUCGGCUUUCCAGAGAUUGGACGAGUAUGUCUGCGACGGUGGAAGGAUCGUCUGUGUAGGGGUACCCAAAGGCAAGAAUAAUGUCUGCCUUCCAUUGCAUUCUGUUGUGGAGCGUAAUUUACAUGUGUCGGGGAAUUUAAUGGGGGGACAUCGGGAAGCUCUCGAGGUUAUGGAAUAUAUUGCGACAGGCCAGAUAAAGCCUCACGUCACUAAGGUGGCACUCGAGGACAUUCCGGAGCAGAUGCAACAUCUUGUAGACUGCAAAACUGCGGGCAAGAUUGUGGUAUAUACCUCCGGAAAGCUUGAGUCAUCUGCCCAUGAAUUUGACACUGGUGAUUCGAAAAGCUCAUGGGAAGCCUCCGAUAAGUCUUGCAAGGGCAAGGAUCCUCCCUCUGUGUAG